GGAGGCGGCGGCCGCGGCCAGCGCACCAUUCGCUCCACCUGAUCGCCGGCGCUGCGCGCGGAGGGAAGGCGCGGGCGAGCCGGAGCCGAGCGAGCAGGGAGGGAGGCAGCUGCCAGCGCCACCACCGCCGCCACCAUGUCCUACCAAGGCAAGAAGAACAUCCCGCGGAUCACAAGUGACCGUCUUCUCAUCAAAGGAGGCAGAAUUGUCAAUGAUGAUCAAUCCUUUUAUGCCGAUAUUUACAUGGAAGAUGGCUUGAUAAAGCAAAUUGGAGACAAUCUGAUUGUCCCUGGGGGAGUGAAGACCAUCGAGGCAAAUGGGAAGAUGGUGAUCCCAGGAGGCAUUGAUGUCCACACUCAUUUCCAGAUGCCGUAUAAGGGAAUGACCACAGUGGAUGACUUCUUCCAAGGGACAAAGGCUGCCUUAGCAGGUGGCACCACCAUGAUCAUUGAUCACGUGGUGCCGGAGCCUGAGUCUGGCCUGACAGAGGCCUAUGAGAAGUGGCGAGAGUGGGCUGAUGGGAAGAGUUGCUGUGACUACGCCCUGCACGUGGACAUCACCCACUGGAAUGACAGUGUCAAGCAGGAAGUUCAGAACCUCAUCAAAGACAAAGGGGUUAACUCUUUCAUGGUUUACAUGGCCUAUAAGGAUUUGUAUCAAGUAUCCAACACAGAGCUCUAUGAGAUCUUCAGCUGCCUGGGAGAGCUGGGAGCCAUUGCCCAAGUUCAUGCUGAAAAUGGAGAUAUCAUUGCCCAGGAACAAAGCCGGAUGUUGGAGAUGGGGAUAACUGGCCCCGAGGGCCAUGUGCUGAGCAGACCAGAGGAGCUGGAAGCCGAGGCUGUGUUCCGUGCCAUCACCAUCGCCAGCCAGACCAACUGUCCUCUCUACAUCACAAAGGUCAUGAGCAAGAGUGCAGCUGACCUCAUCUCCCAAGCCAGGAAGAAAGGAAAUGUGGUAUUUGGUGAGCCCAUCACUGCCAGCCUCGGUACAGAUGGGACUCAUUACUGGAGCAAGAACUGGGCCAAGGCGGCCGCCUUCGUGACAUCUCCUCCUCUGAGCCCUGACCCAACCACUCCUGACUACAUCAACUCCUUGCUGGCCAGCGGGGACCUGCAGCUCUCUGGAAGCGCCCACUGCACCUUCAGCACUGCCCAGAAAGCCAUUGGGAAGGAUAACUUCACAGUUAUUCCUGAGGGCACCAACGGUGUGGAGGAGAGGAUGUCUGUCAUCUGGGACAAGGCUGUGGCCACAGGAAAGAUGGAUGAAAACCAGUUCGUGGCUGUGACAAGCACAAAUGCCGCCAAGAUCUUCAACCUGUAUCCCCGCAAGGGAAGAAUAUCUGUGGGUUCUGACAGCGACCUGGUCAUCUGGGAUCCAGAUGCUGUGAAGAUCGUCUCUGCCAAGAACCACCAGUCGGCAGCAGAGUAUAACAUCUUUGAAGGGAUGGAGUUGCGUGGGGCUCCCCUGGUCGUAAUCUGCCAGGGCAAGAUCAUGCUGGAGGAUGGCAACCUGCACGUGACCCAGGGGGCCGGCCGCUUCAUCCCCUGUAGCCCGUUUUCUGACUACGUCUACAAGCGCAUUAAAGCCAGGAGGAGGAUGGCCGACCUGCACGCGGUCCCCAGGGGCAUGUAUGAUGGACCAGUGUUUGACCUGACCACCACUCCGAAGGGAGGCACCCCUGCCGGCUCCACACGGGGCUCCCCCACCCGGCCCAACCCGCCCGUGAGGAAUCUCCAUCAGUCGGGAUUCAGCCUGUCCGGCACCCAAGUGGACGAAGGAGUACGCUCGGCCAGCAAGCGCAUUGUGGCGCCCCCAGGUGGCCGCUCUAACAUCACGUCCCUGAGCUAAGCAACUCCCCCCAAAGAAAAGGGCAGAAGCAAGAAGAGAUUUUUUCAAAGCCAAAAUGGUACAUCGAUAUUUAAUAAGAAGGAAAGCGAAUCCAAACCGUUGCAAUCUAAAGGAUCACUAAGCCUCAAGCCUUAUGUAUCUCCGAUGUUACGCUCGCUUGCCUAGCUUUAUGAAGAAUUGCUUUGUUUUCUGUUGAUGCAUAGCCUUGAUUUGUUUGACGCCCUCCCCCCAUUUACAUGCAUGCUGUCAGACAGGCCGCUAAGCUACAAGAGUCUGCUAUAUAGUGUUGAGAGCGUGUGUAGUGUUGCAUCCUAUGACAAGGGGACACACAAAGCUGGGAGGUCAGGAAAAUGAACAAAAGGGACACAAGUUAUUAGGGGAUGUGGGUGGUGGGGGCCUGAAGAAAGGUGGAGAGCACAGAGGGACUGGGGUAGGGCACGGGUAGGGGCGGCGGGUGGGUGGGGGAGCAGGCGGGGUACCUGUAUUGUGUUGAUGACAUACUUUUCUUUCCACGGAACAUGGACCCUCGUGGCAGCCGUCACUUUAUGAGGGCCCCCUUGACCCUGCAGAGACGGCAGCUGAUCUUGGGGUUCAGUCUUUUGUCAUGUCAACUUCUGGUAGAUUUUCUUCCUUUUGAACAUUGUAUUAAAACUCCCAAACCCAA